GUAAAGUGACAAUCUCACCAUCUGACCGUUGAUCUCGUGGACCAUCGGCCCAGAUCUUCCUCAACAUUGACAGGUCAAGUUCUCAACAAUCACAAUUUCAUCAAAAGCAGAAGCAGCACAAACAUAUUUCCUUUGGCGUUUUCACCAAAAGCAGCAACACAUUUCAAACUUGGCACAUUUAAGUAAUACACUCAUAACAACAUAUCGGCCACCACUAGCAUUCAAAAGUUGCUUUAUGUAUUUUGAAUUACUAUUUUAUUUUAUUCCCACAUUCCUAUUUGCUUUCCCUUCUCCUCUUGAUGUAAGUUUUAUUUAAGAGACAAAACACUCGUGUUCGUCUCCUUUCAGACAAGAGGAUUAUCUGGAUGCAGGUUUCUUUUCCUACAACAAAAUGGAUUCUCUUUCAACAUCCCCAACACAUACUCCGGCGUCCGUGAAGCAAAGCAAGCUAUCACCCCUCUACCAGAUAGUCCUACCUAAGCAGGCCACGCCCGACAUGCUGCUAUACGGCAACAAGGUUAGAUCGAGAGAGCGAGCUAUUCUAAGGAAGCCUCGGGCGACUAGCCCCAUGGUAUGGUUUGCUGCAAUUCUUUGUAUGAUAUUUAGCCUCCUCAUCAUCUUCCUCGGUAUUGCAAUUCUAGUCAUCUUUCUCGCUGUGCAACCACGAACCCCGGCAUUCGACACCCCUGCAGCAACUCUCAACGCUGUCUUCCUCAAUUUCCCCGAGUACAUCAACGGCGACAUCACAAUUCUAGCAAACUUCUCUAAUCCGAAUAGGAAACUGGGUGUUAGGUUUGAGUACCUGAAGGUGGAGCUCCACUUCUUGGAAAUGGCGGUAGCAACUCAAGUUAUCCAACCCUUCAAUCAGAGCCCCCGGGAAGCACGGUUGAUACCGGUUCAUAUGCUGUCGGGCUUGGUGCAUCUGCCACCGAAUGUUGCUAUGGAGUUUCAGAAACAGGUGCAGAGGAACAGGGUAGUCUACAGCAUCAAAGGAAGUUUCAGAGUGAGGAUCAACCUGGGAUUGAUUCAUUACUCUUACUGGCUUCAUGGAGAUUGCCAAUUGGAAAUGACUAGCCCACCAAGCAGCGUACUCAUCACCCACACCUGCAAAACCAAGAGAUGAAUGCUUUGCUUUCUCAAAUUUUACUACAUUACAUUAUUUUCCAGUCCAGCGAAUCAAGGUGUUCGUUACUACAUACUCAUUAAUUAAUUUGUGUAUUGUUAAACAGAUCAGAUAUAGCAUACCACAACUAUAGUAUUAGGCAUUUUCGAAGAUUACCUAUCUGCAAUUAUGUAUAGCUCUAUUUAUGCUCUAAAGCUUGAAAACAAAGAAAAAGACUUUUGUUUCAUUCAUAA